ACCCAUCAUUCGCGCGGACUACAAUGGUUUUCUUCCUGAGGAGUUCGAAUAAACGAUUCAAUGAGGGUACAUUUGAUGUCUGUUUCUAUGGAGAGUGUUUAACUAGCGAGUUAUUAUGUUGAAAACGCCGGCUCUGUCAUGCUACUGUGGCGGCUUGCAUCUGUUCAGUCAAUUGCAAGUCGCCUCUAGCCUACAGUCGACGCCCACAUCCCCCGCCCGUCGAAAGAAGCCUUCCAUACCACGAUGCGGUAGAAGAUUUGCUCAUGUCCAUAGCUCAUAUCCAUUGGGGUCGGAGGCGGAUCUAUCCUGGCCAGCAACACCAACCUUUUCCCCUUACGAUAUAUUCAAACAAGCCAGAACCGAACCUUAUUCCAAGCGACGAUAUUAUGACCUUGUCAAAAUCUACCACCCGGAUUUGCAGAAUAAAGAUCAUCCGCUAUGCAGAAAUGUGCCUGAAGCCAUCAGAUUACAUCGUUACAGACUUAUAGUUGCGGCGCAUGAGAUCCUUUCCGACCCAACCAAGCGGGAUGCCUAUGAUCGGUAUGGACAUGGGUGGGACCAUCGUACUGAGCUAUUCGGCGAAAAAAAGACCAAAAACGUGGAUACACAAUAUGAAAGAGGUACGGGCGGCGACGACUCCAUAUACCGAAACGCUACUUGGGAAGACUGGGAACGGUGGCAUCGAAGACAUGACCCAAACCAAAGCCAAGCUUCGACUGUUUCGCAUGGCACAUUUGCGUCAUUCCUCAUUCUAUUGAUGAUAUUUGGAGGUUUGGGUCAGGCAGUAUCGAUCGGUAAUUAUUCGAGCUUUGUCGAGGAACGGGCGAGAGACGCCGAUGAGAAAUGCGCCAAGUUACUGCACGGCAGGAGGCAGCAGACGAUUGCUCAGAUGAAUUCGUUGGAUAGUAGGCUUCAGAGCUUCCUCAUAAGGCGGGAUCCUUAUGGUUUCGGAUUAAAGGAGGAAGAGGAGGAUACAUAUCGAGCCAUUCUAAGCCCUCACAACAAGCCUCACGCGCUUGAUGCUAUAGACUCACCGUCACCACCGUCGGAGAAACCUCUAGAAGUAAAAGAGGUUGGCGGUUAACGGGGCCUCGUCAUUUCAUUUGCGGCCCCUUCUAUUUUCAUACCUUUUGUUUUUUACAUUUUUGCUUCACAUUCCCUGGCUUUUAUGUUAUUGCAUUGGAGGCGUUCGAAAGCAGAUCGAAUCUCUUCUCUGGAUCAUAACCAAGUUUGUAGUUCAGCUACAUCAAUGGAAUUGAAUUUUUUUUUUUUUUCUUCUUUCAUGAAAUGAACCAUAUUCCCUUUUGGUUUAUCUUUACCUUUUCCUUUCCACUUGCUACACUCCAUGAUUGGUUCAGUUGAACCUCCAUGGAAAGCCCCAGUACUCCAUGAGAUACCAAACAGUUCCAUUUCUAAUGGGUCCUGAACGCUAUUCACUAAGAUCAACGCAAAAUCUCACAAAAUACCCUGAUUCAAUCCUCCCGGCAAUAUUCUGCAGCAUCAACAACAGGCAAAGAUACGAUACAACCAUAGAAAUCCGAAUAGAACAUACUGUUGCCCGUAGGGUUUGCGAAUGACAACAUAUGACAAUGACAAUGACAAUGACUUGAACAACAAAAGCAGGAACUCUGAUCACCGAGAACAUGUAUAUAUCAUCCCAACCCUUCCCACAGAUCCCACUUCGGACCGUUCGAUUCUCCUGCUCACACAAGACGUUGACGGAACUCCAAUCAACACCCAACUGACGGGCCAAUCAUCCAGCAAACUUACAGCACGACCCUAUUAUUCUUUUGCAGCAAGAGUUAGUAUGGAAUCCAACUUUUCAAAGCGAACAUAUGAAGGCUACAUACACAAUUUAUGGCGCUACCACUCCGCCCCAUAUAUAUAACCGUCCGACUACUCAUUAACACCGACAAUAGCCUCUCAAGCCAUUGCCAGUGGUUAGGCAGCACCUUGGCCUGGCACAGAUGGCGGACACUUCCCACAAUCCGUGAAUGUUGCAAACGAAUAACUCAUCCGCCGUCCCCUUGCGGUUGAGGCUACAUAUGUACCGACCAGGUGUGCAAUAGGUUCCCAGGGCUUCCAGGAAGAAGAGAGCCGUAGCAAGGAUUGACAGCUGCAUUUUAUAUAUAUAUAGGUAUAUUUCUUAUUAUUGAUUUUGGCUUUUUAGCUGCUCCUGCUUGGUAUGUUUCGAGAAAGGGACGGAUAUGCGGGAUGUAGAAUGUGGGAUUUAUGAUUCUGGGAGGAAGAUAGGUAGGUAGAAAAGGUUGAUGAGGUGGGUAGUAUUCUACUUCGCUGGAGGAGGAGAGAAGGUGAAGCUUUUAUAUAUCCCUCUGCCUAUAGCUCUACAUUCCGAAUGACAAUGGCACACCUUUGGGGCGUAUCAUUUCUAAUAGACCAGGACAGGACGUCAUACCAUACCUCUCCUGUCCGCUCCUCCCCUGGUAGAGGUUCUCACGAAAGUCUUCCCAAUGAUCUAUACCAUUUUCGUCGAACAAAGAAGGAAAAUGAUGUCAAAAGCCGCCUAUAUAGGUGGCCGCAUAGUUACUGCGACAAGAGCUACCCUAGCUGUUUAAUUUGUUUCUUGCUUGGUGUCUGCAGAAAAAUUUCGGCAAAAUGACCAGGCGAUCUCAUCUGUUCAUAAAAAAUUAUCAACAGAGAGAGUCUAAGAUCGUUAGGAUACUAAGUUAGAAAAACAUCGUGCCACAGAAAGGAUGAAAACCAAUCACUUCCUGCAUCAAAUAGCAUUGUGGCAGAGAAGGCAUUUCUCUACUCCAUGCUCUCGAGAGAGCCAAAGGCCAGGGAUUCUGAACCUCAUGCUGGGUGUUACGCGCAUGCAUUCCCUUCUUCAAAAAUGUAGAUUUUGGUGUCCUUGAUGCAAAAUUUCUUUCAUGCGUGUAUCGAUGGGCCGUCUCCCAGCACAUUCUGAAGUGGUCUCAAUAAUUUCAUAGAACACGACCAAUGCAUGUACAUACUUGGAAGCAUUGAUACAUUGGAAGCUAGAUUUUUGGUAAGAGGAUGGAUGGGCC